AUGAUUGAUCAGGUGUUUGUUGUGGAAGUGUGGCAGCGGUAUUCGAAGCCUCUACAGUUAGCACAUUUGGACUUCGAAGCCGUUUUCGACUCUCCUCACCGAGGCCUUCUCCUCAGUGCACUUCGCGCAGAUGAAGUUCCAGGAAAAUUCGCAAUCCUCAUAAGCGACAUGAAUGGAAGAACAACGCUCGCGGUCCGAACACCAGCUGGAUGUGCUACACCGUUCAAAGUGGAAACUGCAGUAAGACAAGGGCUUUGGCGGAACACUUUCUGUUCAACUUUGCCGUCGAUGAUAUCAUGCGAAGAACAUUUGAGCAAUGUUCCGUUGAUGUGCAAAGAUGCGCUAAAGCUAACUCGACAUUCAUUGACCAAGUGCCUGUGGGCGACUCCCAUCGCCAACGAAGUCAAGCUGCGAGUCUACCUGUCCACAAUCCGCCCUAUGAUGAUGUACAGAGCAGAGACUUGGACAGCACCAUCAACAGUGAUGGAGAGGCUUGAAUGCACAGAACGAAAGCUGUUCAGACGGCUACUUGGCUACUUUUGGCCUAGGGUAUGCCACAAUGAUUAUCUUUACGCAGAAAUUGAUGUGGUAUAUCGGCGGAUGACACGUGGAAGAUAUCAACAUCUUGCACCGCCAUCGAAAGUGGCUAAAGUAAAUCGUCUUCGCUUCUUUGGUCAUAUAUUAAGGAGACCGGCAGAUCGCCUUGUUCAACGAGUUCUGAGGAAUUUGCCGGGUUCAAGCUGGAAGACGCCACCUGGCCGAAAACGGAAGUUCUGGACUGAGGUGGUGAAAGAGGACAUGAGGACACUCGGCGUGGAUAGACAGUACAGGCGAGAUGUAAGGUUUCGCAGAAUAUGGCAUAGUGACGAAUGGAUUGAUUGUGUGCAAGCUCUCGCAGAAGGUUGCACGGAGCUGUGUUCAAGGACGGCACACGGACCAUCGACGGUGAUGGAAAACCUUGACUGCAUGGAGAGAAAGCUGACACGCAGUUCAGUCGAGAUGUGA